AUGGCAAAAGUGAAGCAGAUCAUGGAAGAGGCGGUGACGAGGAAGUUUGUGCAUGAGGACAGCAGCCACAUCAUCUCCUUCUGCGCUGCGGUGGAAGCCUGUGUCUUGUACGGCUUGAAGCGGAGGGCGGCAGGAUUCCUGCGCAGCAACAAGAUAGCAGCUCUGUUUAUGAAGGUGGGCAAGAGCUUUCCUCUGGCAGAGGAACUUUGCAAGAAGGUGCAAGACCUGGAGCAGCUCAUUGAGAAUGCACGAAAUCAAGUCCAGGGCAUCCCGGAGAAUGUGCGCAAGAUGCCGAAGCUGCCCAACCUGUCUCCUCAAGCCAUCAAGCACCUCUGGAUCCGCACUGCCCUCUUUGAAAAGGUCUUGGAUAAAAUCGUGCAUUACUUGGUAGAAAAUAGCAGUAAGUACUAUGAGAAAGAAGCUCUCCUGAUGGAUCCUGUGGAUGGGCCAAUUCUUGCAUCUUUAUUGGUGGGGCCCUGUGCGCUGGAGUACACGAAGAUGAAGACCGCUGACCACUUCUGGACAGACCCCUCAGCUGACGAACUGGUUCAGAGGCACCGGAUCCACAGCUCGCACUGUCGCCAGGACUCGCCCACCAAGCGCCCGGCGCUCUGCAUUCAGAAAAGGCAUUCGAGUGGCAGUAUGGAUGACCGGCCAUCGCUGUCUGCCAGGGACUACGUGGAGUCGCUGCACCAGAAUUCCCGAGCCACGCUCCUCUAUGGCAAGAACAAUGUCCUGGUGCAGCCGCGAGAUGACAUGGAGGCAAUCCCGGGAUAUCUGUCCCUUCACCAGACUGCCGACAUCAUGGCGCUGAAGUGGACUCCCAACCAGCUGAUGAACAGCUCUGUGGGGGAUCUGGACUACGAGAAGAGUGUAUACUGGGACUAUGCCAUGACUAUUCGCCUGGAGGAGAUCGUCUAUUUGCACUGUCACCAGCAAGUAGACAGCGGUGGAACGGUUGUCUUGGUGAGCCAGGAUGGGAUUCAGAGGCCCCCGCUGCGGUUUCCCAGAGGAGGGCACUUACUGCAGUUCCUGUCCUGCCUGGAGAAUGGCCUCCUGCCCCACGGGCAGCUGGAUCCACCCCUCUGGUCGCAGCGGGGAAAGGGGAAGGUGUUUCCCAAGCUGAGGAAACGAAGUCCCCAGGGCUCCUCCGAGUCUGCGUCUGACAAGGAAGAUGACGAAGCCACAGAUUAUGUUUUCAGGAUAAUCUACCCAGGGACACAGUCUGAAUUUGUGCCCCAGGACCUGAUGGACACGCCGAGUGCUGGCCUGCCUCCCAUGUGGCAGCCCAGCACCCGCAAGUCCUCCUGCUCUAACGGCUGCAGCCAUGAAAGAGCUCCGCUGAAGCUCCUGUGUGACAAUAUGAAGUACCAAAUCCUCUCCCGGGCCUUCUACGGCUGGCUGGCCUAUUGCAGACACCUCUCCACGGUGCGAACCCACCUAUCUGCACUGGUUAACCACAACAUCGUGUCUCCUGAUGUGCCCUGCAAUGCCAGCUCGGGACUAACUGUGGACAUAUGGCAGAGAUACCUGCAGGACAGCACGAGUUACGAGGACCAGGAGCUGCUGCGGCUGAUCUACUAUGGUGGGAUCCAGCAUGAGAUCAGGAAGGCUGUCUGGCCCUUCCUUUUGGGCCAUUAUCAGUUUGGGAUGACAGAGGCAGAAAGGAAAGAGGCUGAUGACCAGAUCCGCACCUGCUACGAGCACACCAUGGCAGAGUGGCUGGGCUGCGAGGCCAUUGUCCGGCAGCGGGAGAAGGAGUCGCACGCAGCAGCUCUGGCCAAGUGCUCCUCUGGGGCCAGUCUGGAUUCCCACAUUCAGAGGAUGAUGCACAGGGACUCGACCAUCAGCAACGAGUCUUCGCAGAGCUGCAGCUCCGGCCGACAGAAUCACGCCCGGCUGCAGAGCGACUCCAGCUCCAGCACGCAGGUGUUUGAAUCUGUUGAUGAAGUGGAACAGACUGAAGCGGAUGCUCAGCUGGAAGAUGGCAAACAAAGCAAGAUCCCCAAUGGCACGGUUCCCAAUGGCACGUGUUCCCCUGAUUCUGGCCACCCCUCUUCCCAGAACUUCUCCAUUGCAUCGGGAUUCUCGGAGCGCAGCUUCAGCAAUGAGGACAGUGCCCUGGAAACCAACAAAUCCUCGGUCAGCUCUCAGGGAAAGGCUGGUGUGUCCGACGUGCCAGGCCCACAGGACCCGGAUGGUGCCCAGCAGGAGGAGAAGCUGCAGGGCCAAGACAGCCUGGAAGGUGAAUUUCCCACUGGUGGAAGCGUGGACUUUGUUCCCGUGGGUGAGAGCUCAGCAGGGGUCCUGCGUGAUCGUGACGCUGUGGCCCUGACUGUGGUGGAGAGCUGGGCAGACAGCGAAGCUGAAAAGCAAAGCUUGGUGGAGAGUGAAGAUAACCUCUCCGAGGAGCCAGAGAUGGAGAGUUUGUACCCGCAGCUGGAUUCUCUGGCUGUAGCUGAUCUGGCCAACAGUGAAACAUCUGCUGUCUCCUCGACAGGUGUCACCUACUCUCCAGAGCUACUGGACAUGUACACGGUGAACCUGCACCGCAUUGAGAAGGACGUGCAGCGGUGUGACCGCAACUACUGGUACUUCACCCCUGCCAACCUGGAGAAACUCCGCAACAUCAUGUGCAGCUACAUCUGGCAGCACAUUGAGAUCGGCUAUGUGCAGGGGAUGUGCGACCUGCUAGCCCCUCUCCUGGUCGUCCUGGAUGACGAGGCUCUGGCUUUCAGCUGUUUCACUGAGCUUAUGAAGAGGAUGAAUCAGAACUUCCCCCACGGGGGAGCCAUGGACACCCACUUUGCCAACAUGAGAUCACUGAUCCAGAUUCUGGACUCUGAGCUCUUCGAGCUGAUGCACCAGAAUGGUGAUUACACUCAUUUCUACUUCUGCUACCGGUGGUUUCUCCUGGACUUCAAGAGAGAGCUGGUGUACGAUGACGUGUUCGCCGUCUGGGAGACCAUCUGGGCAGCUGCACACGUUUCUUCUGCACACUAUGUGCUCUUCAUAGCCCUGGCUUUGGUGGAAAUGUACCGGGACAUAAUCUUGGAGAACAACAUGGAUUUUACAGACAUCAUCAAGUUUUUCAAUGAGAUGGCAGAGCGGCACAACACCAAGCAGAUCCUGAAGCUGGCUCGGGACCUUGUCUAUAAAGUUCAGACUCUGAUCGAGAACAAAUGA